GCCGCCCUCACCGCCGCGCUCCCGCGGGGGCUGCCGGGAUUUGUAGUUCGGCGUUGCGGCGGGGGCGGCGGCCGGGACGCUCCGCCCGGGUGGAAGGAGGGCGGGCCGGCGGCGGGCGCGGGGGGCACGGGACGCAGGUACCGCGGGCGGCCCUGGCAGCCUCCUCCCGGCCCGAGCCGCGGCAGAAGCGGCGAUCAGCAGCCAUCCGGCGGCGCAGCGCUCGGCGCAUCCAUCGGCGGGCCCGCGCCCCCGCGGCACGGCCGGGGCGCCGCGGGGCCGGGGCGCGGCCGCCGGGAGCAGCGGGAGCGGAGCGGAGCGGAGCGGAGCGGAGCGGAGCGGAGCGCGGGGCUCGGCCGAGCAUGCACUGAGCGAGCGGCGCCGGGCUCGGAGCCGCCCCGCUGCAUGGUGUGCGGAGACACGGUCGCGAUAAUAAAUGAUAGAGGAUACAAUGACUUUGCUGUCUCUGCUGGGUCGGAUCAUGCGUUACUUCUUGCUCAGACCGGAGACCCUGUUCUUGCUGUGCAUCAGCCUGGCACUGUGGAGUUACUUCUUCCACACGGAUGAGGUGAAAACCAUUGUUAAGUCCAGCAGGGAUGCGGUGAAGAUGGUGAAGGGCAAGGUGGCCGAGAUCAUGCAGAAUGACAGGCUCGGGGGUUUAGACGUGCUGGACGCUGAGUUCUCCAAGACCUGGGAGUUCAAGAGCCACAACGUGGCUGUCUACUCCAUCCAAGGCCGCAGGGAUCACAUGGAGGACAGGUUCGAAGUAAUCACCGACCUGGUGAACAAGACUCACCCCUCCAUCUUCGGGAUAUUUGAUGGGCACGGAGGAGAGUCCGCCGCGGAGUACGUGAAGGCGCGGCUGCCCGAGGUGCUGAAGCAGCACCUGCAGGACUACGAGCGGGACAAGGAGAACAGCGUGCUGUCCUACCAGAGCAUCCUGGAGCAGCAGAUCCUCUCCAUCGACAGGGAGAUGCUGGAGAAGCUCACCGUGUCCUACGACGAGGCAGGCACCACGUGUCUGAUCGCCCUCCUGUCCGACAAGGAGCUGACCGUGGCCAACGUGGGCGACUCCCGCGGCGUGCUCUGCGACAAGGAUGGCAAUGCCAUCCCCCUGUCCCACGACCACAAGCCCUACCAGCUGAAGGAGCGGAAGAGGAUUAAGAGAGCCGGUGGGUUCAUCAGCUUCAACGGCUCGUGGCGUGUGCAGGGCAUCCUGGCCAUGUCGCGCUCGCUGGGCGAUUACCCCCUGAAGAACCUGAACGUGGUGAUCCCUGACCCCGACAUCCUGAGCUUUGACCUGGACAAACUGCAGCCAGAGUUCAUGAUCCUGGCCUCGGACGGGCUGUGGGACGCCUUCAGCAACGAGGAGGCCGUGCGGUUCAUCAAGGAGCGCCUGGACGAGCCGCACUUCGGGGCCAAGAGCAUCGUGCUGCAGUCCUUCUACAGAGGCUGCCCCGACAACAUCACAGUCAUGGUGGUGAAGUUCAGGAAUAGCAGCAAAGCAGAGGAGCAGCAGUGAGGAGCCCCCGGGCCCGCUCAGGACUCAGAACAGUUUGUCCGUGGUAGGAAGCUCCAGGAACGCCGUGCGGGCUCUCCCGCGGCAGCGGAUCUCUCUGGGCUCUGCUCUUGGCUUGACAAAAGGAGCAAUACAACAAAUCCAUGCUGAGCGACCACAAGAAUCCAGUUUGUCCCCUGUCCCUGCCCUGUGCCCUCGCUGCUCCUUAGGAAGCGACUGGAACCUCCCGUUUCUCACUUUUCUUUAGGAAUCCUGUGAAGGGUUUUGGUUUGGUUCCUCCCCGCUGGGGUGCCAGCCCCAGGCUGGCUCAGGGCAGUGCUGCUGCUUUUCCCUCCUGGGUGCCACUGCUCAGGGGCUGCUCUCAUGUUCCUCAUCUCUGCGCCCUGCAGUGGUAGGGGUGGGUGGGUGGGAGAAGGGUUUGUGACGUGAAGGAGGAAGAGGAGCCAACUCUCAGCCUGCUGCCACUGCUGGCUCUCGCUUUGUUCAGCCUCCCCCCGAAACAAACCCCUGCCAAGCAUGUGAGUAGGUAGAGCUCCUGAAUUACCACGUUUAUUCAGGCUGUGCAUUACUCUAGGACAGUUCUUCUAGGCCAUAUUGUAUCCAAACCAACUUGUGGUGAACUUCAGCCAAACCCUGGCAGUUCUGACCCUCCUGGAUGGGAGCAGAGCUCAGCUGUGGUAGCAGAAUGUCUGUCCUUCACCAAGAAUCACCCUGACCUUAUUUCUGUGGCAUGGACUUGGAAAGUGAAGUGAGAGAAAAUGAAAUGUCACUGGUGACUGUUGGGAACCUCACCCAAGCAGGGCGUUCCUCAGAGCUACCUAGCUGGGAGUCAAGCCUGUGAAAGACUUCCUUGUACCACUGCAGAUGGAUUUGUGGUGUUCAUCCCAGGGCAGACCCCUCUGGAACGGGCUUUUGGGAUGACAUGCAAAUGCCAGGCAGCAUCAAUGCACUGUAGAGAUGAAAGGUUGUGUUAAAUCUAGAUUUUCAAAAGUAUGUUUAGCUCUAACUUUCAGUAUUUAAUUGUAUUUUGGGAUCUGUGACUGCUGUAAGUUGGAAUGAGGACAGUUUGGGUUUGCUGCACCUCUGGUACCAGCUGUGUCAUGGCAGAGGGACAGGGCAGGCAGGAUUUUGGAUGGCUCCUUUAUCCUUAUCCUGCCUUACAGAAGUCCUUGGGAUCUCCCCAGAACGUGGUCCUGGACAAUCUGCUCAAGUCUUGAGGGUGAUGGAGGCUGCCUGUGUUUGGGUGCAGAGCUGGGUCAGGGAUGUGAUGGAUUCCCUGUUCCUUGGGAAAGGGCAAUAUUCCUCAUUUCCCAGCUGCCUGGCCCCCCUGCUCACCUGCAGGGGUCUGGGGUGGGGCUGAGCCAUGCUGGGGAGGUGCUGAGGGGGUCUCUCAAGGCAAAAAAUCAAAGAGCACAAACUUCUGCUCGAGAAGGAAUCCCCAUCUUUGUCUUGUUCUGUCCCUAGGUCACCUCUCCCCCAACAAACUUCCCUCCUUUAAUUUCUUUGGGGAUGAUUUCAGCCCUUAAUUGGCUCUGGUGGUAUUUCCAAAACGUGUCUGGGGCCCUGUACUGGUGCUGAACUCCAGGCAGAGCCCCUGAGGAGUGCCCAGCAGGCAGGCAGCCUGUCCUGCCCCUUUCCCAGGGAUGGGAGCUCCCUGACCUUGGCUGAGGCGUUCAGGUGAGCAGCCAGCAGGAAUUGGUACCAAUUGCUGCAGUUGUUCUGGGUAGCUGGGUCAGCCCUUGGGUGGUGAUUCCAUGGGAAUGCUGGGUCCUGGGCUGGGAUGGCACAGCAGCAGUGGGGCAGCAGCUCAGUGUGUGGAGUUUGCCUUCCCUGUCCCCUUCAGUGUUCCCCUUGUGCCUUCCCUUUGGAGGGCACAGCUGCCCUGGGGAAAGAGGGAUUCCAGCCUGAGGGAGGGGGAUGUUUGUGUGCCAUGCCCAGGAAAACAGCACACAUCCAGCUGGGGUGGGAGCUGCUGGCUGCAGGGAGCAUUCCUGAGGGAUCCACGAGCUCUGAGCACAGCCCUGGGACAGCCAGGGACACGAGCUGGCAGGAGCUGCAGCCAGGAGGGAGCCCUGGCAGGGCAGCUCUCGCUGGAUUCAGGCAAACACAGCAGGGCAGGAGGGGUUUGCAGGUUUGCCUGGAUCAUUCCACAUCACUCCAGGAUCAUUCCCUGUCCCUCAGGCACAUCCCAACCAGCCCUGUGGCUGCAGCUGCAGCAAGAACUGGCUCAGCACCUUCAGCUUGCUCUCCCCUCCCUGGCAGGGCUGUCCUGGCCAGAGCCACCCAUGCCAAUGAUCUCUGCUCAGCCAGGGAAUUUUUGCUUUGAUUGCUUUGGAAAAGGAGCUUCAGCUGCUUCAGGUCUGAAGAGGAAGGACUGAUGGAGGUGAGAGGCUUUGUGUGGUCUCCCACAUCCACGUGCAGUGCCUACCUGUGCUCCCAGCUGGAAGGUUUGGAAGCUUUCCCUCCAAAUCAAGGCAUUCCCAGCUUUCCAGUGGUGCUGACUUGUGCCAAACUCUGUCGUGACACAGCUGGAGGCUGACAGGAUGAACUCCUUGUACAUAUUGCUUAUGCAACCUGACCAGUGCAGGGCUCUCCCACUGCCUUAACACUCCAUCCAUCCAUCCAUCCUCCAUCUGGGAAGGGCUGCAGGUGCUGUGCAGGAAUAUCCCUGUGGCUGUGGCAGCAGGGCUCCAGCCUUCCCGCUGCUCUCCCCCCAAAAACAGGGAGCUGCCUUGGGCACAGCCGGGAGCUCCUCCUGCUCACCCAGCCACGUUUGGUGGCUCCAUCCCCCUGGGGACAGCCGGAGCCUCAGGACACAGGGAGUGGCUGCCAAAGAGCACCUUCAGAUGGCCUGAGGUGACAGAUGGACCACGAGGCUGAGCCAGCGCUGGGGAACUGGGCUGCUCCCAAACUGGGCUGUUCCAGGGGCAUCCCAGCACUCUGGAACUGGGCUGCUCCCAAACUGGGCUGUUCCAGGGGCAUCCCAGCACUCUGGGAUUGGGCUGUUCCCAAACUGGGCUGUUCCAGGGGCAUCCCAGCGCUCUGGGAUUGGGCUGUUCCCAAACUGGGCUGUUCCAGGGGCAUCCCAGCGCUCUGGGAUUGGGCUGUUCCCAAACUGGGCUGUUCCAGGGGCAUCCCAGCACUCUGGGAUUGGGCUGUUCCCAAAUUGGGCUGUUCCAGGGAUGUCCCAGCUCCCAGUGCUUGGGAAUUGGGCUGUUCCAGGGACAUUCCAGCUCCCAAUGCUCAGGAAUUGGGCUGUUCCAGGGAUAUCCCAGUGCUUGGGAAUUGGGCUGUUCCCAAACUGGGCUGUUCCAGGGGCAUCCCAGCACUCUGGGAUUGGGCUGUUCCCAAAUUGGGCUGUUCCAGGGAUGUCCCAGCUCCCAGUGCUUGGGAAUUGGGCUGUUCCAGGGACAUUCCAGCUCCCAAUGCUCAGGAAUUGGGCUGUUCCAGGGAUGUCCCAGUGCUUGGGAAUUGGGCUGUUCCCAAAUUGGGCUGUUUCAGCGGCAUUCCAGCACUCUGGGAUUGGGCUGUUCCCAAAUUCAUCUGUUCCCAGGAAUGUCCCAGUGUCAGGAAUUCAGCUGUUCCUAGGGAUGUCCCAGCUCCGGGGAAUUGGGCUGUUCCCAAAUUGGGCUGUUCCAGGGACAUUCCUGCUCCUAGUGCUCUGGAAUUGGGCUGUUCCCAAAUUCAUCUGUUCCCAGGGAUGUCCCAGCUCUGGGGAAUUGGGCUGUUCCCAAACUGGGCUGUUCCCAAACUGGGCUGUUCCCAAGCUGGGCUGCUCCCAGGGAUGUCCCAGUCUCUCCCCUGGGAUGCUCUGAGGAUUCCCUCAGCCUGCAGCAGGGAUUGCUGUGGAGUUCAUCCAUCCCUCGGGUCCUUCCUGGAAUUCCUGGCAGGGCUGGAAUGUCCCAGCCUGUCCCCAGCUUGGUGGCACCGUGGCUCCUUCUGCUGGCCUGAGGCAUUCCCACAAACCCCACAGCAGCCCCCAGGAUAAAGGAUUUCCAUUCCCACUACUGUUGUUGCAGGGUGAAACCAUUUCCAGAGGUGAAAUUUAAAAUGUUGUGAAGGUUUUGGAAUCCAGGAGUCAGAAUUGAAGCACUGCAUCAGCUUGGCUGCAGAAACACCAACGCCACAGCCUCAAAAAAAAAAAAAAAAGGGAAUUUUGUGUCUCAGGAUACAGACAGCCCUGCUUUAAAUAAUAUGGAUUUAUUGCUAAUGUAGCUGAUACUUGUUUUACACAGAGAAGCAUUUAGUCAGUGAUUAUAUUACAGAAAAAACACCUCACCAGCCUUUCAUCCCCCGAAGCAGGCUUUUAGGCCUCUGAACAAAAUUCCAAGUGAGAAUGUUCUGCUGGAAUUUGGCCACUGCAGAGCCCAGAGCUGCUGCCCCUUGUGCCCAAUCUAUUCAUUAAUGGCCUUUCUAAAACCCCCAGAGAAAAUGAUCUGUACAGAUAAUUAAUAAUGAGCUGAAGUUCCGUUACUUUUAUUUUUCCAGUGCUGACUGGACAAGGCUUAGGGGAGCAGGUGGAUAAAUUUAGAUUUUCCUGAGGUAAUUUAAAAUUCCAGCUGAGUCCAGCUCUGGAGGAUAAUCUGGGUGCUCUGGGAAGCAAAAAAACCUGGUGGGUGCAGCUGGAGCCUUGCCAGAACCACAAGCAGAGGUUUGAGGGCAAUUCCUGAGGGGAAAAUGUGUGGAUUUCCUGGAUUUGGGCAGCUCCUGUGCCUGCUCUGCUCAGCCCUGAGGGAGUUGGAACGAGGGGGUUUUUAAGGUCCCUUCCAACCCAAGGCAGUCUGGGAUUCUGGGAAUGAUCUGAGCAAUAGGGAACUUUUUAAAGCACUUUUUUCCCAAGCAUAUUUCAUGGCCAAUCCUGCAUUUUUUGAAGCCUGUGGAGUUGCAUCCAUGGACACAGGCAGCCUCUCUGACACCAACCAUCCAUAAAUGUGAGGCAGAAUUUAGGGAAAUGUCCCAAACAUCCUGUUGCACUGAGCACAGGGAGGGCUGCCCCUGCAUCUCCUGGAAGAUUUCUGGGGAAUUUCUUUGUGCCAGGAUGCACACAAAGCAUUUUAACUCCUCUGAAAUAACAUCCAGCAUGGGAAUUUCACCUUAGAACUCACUUCUGCUCCCCACCCAGCAGCAACUUCCAAUUAUUAUUAUUAUUAUUAUUACCAUUAUUAUCAUUAUUAGGCUUUUCAGGUCAGAAAACCCCACAGUUUUCCUGUCAAAAUCACAAAUAUUUGGAAUUCUGAUUUAAUACAGCUGCAUGAGGGAAAAAAAAAAAAACACUUAGGAUUUGGGAAACCUUUAACCUGUGUUUUGUACUUUGUUUUAGUACAAUAUUCUAGGCAGAUGCAAUAAAAUUUGGCCCCUCCCCUACUUCAAUGCCCAGAUUAUUUCGUAUUUUUAAGGUUUUUCACUUUUUGCCAGGCUGCUCACACUAAAAACUUCCCUAAGAAUGGCUUUGAGCAGAAACAGGAGCUCAGUUAGGAGUUUUACAGCCUUUUAAGCAAUAAUAAAGUCAGAAUCAAAUACAAGCCAGACUUGGAAAUGAGGUUUUUUAGGAAAACCAGGAGCAGGAUGGAUGUUUUUCCAGUGCUGCUGGCACUGUCAAUGACAAUUAACUUCAGGUGGCACAAAGAGAUCACUGUGUAUAAACCUAAGCCUUGGAACCUGUGAGCAGUGUCAGCAUUUGGGGCACAAAACCCUGAAUUGCUGCAGGUGACAGGAGAAUUUCUGGCCAUCCUCACCUCCCCAGGACUCUCAUUCCUCCCUCACCACGAGCAUUCUCUGCUUUAUCCAUUUUCUGAAGGCAGCAGAGUCAUAAUUGCAUUUUUAUUUUGGAAAAAGCAAUACAAGCUGUGCUGUAGUAUCAGUGUUCUUGUGGUAAAUAAUUUAUUUCUGAGCAUUUCACACGGCAGGCUUAGAGAAGAACUGAGGGGUUUGGGGUUUGAGAUGUGGAAACAAUCACAGAACGAGGCAGUUCUCCCCGUACCUGCUCAGAGAACAAUCAAAUCCCAGCUCCUAAACCCACAGCACAGCUGGAAUUUCACCUGGAUCUAGGAACACAAGAGCAUCAUUCCCUCAGUUAUGCAAUACUAUAUUGUCCCCAAAAAAAAAAAAAAAGCCUUUAUUUUUUAACAUCUUUGACCUUUUCACCAUCAGAACACUGACAUCUGCAACCCUUGUCUGGAGAGUGUUGUCCCCAAGACUUUUUCAUCCCUAAAAAGCCACAAGCCCAUCCUGAAAUCCAGCCCCGGGUGCAGCUGUGGAGCAGAGCCAAAGCCAGCAGUGCCCCUGGGUGCUGGAGGCACUGGGCACCCUCAGCCCUGCUCCUGCAGCCCUGGGCAGCCCCGGGCUCUGCCCUGGCACACACCAGGGCUCUGGGUGGGCCAGCCCUGGGAGCGUGGCCAGGACAUCUCCUCAGUCCCUCCCCCGUGUAGUGGAUGUGUCCAGGUUAAUUCUGUUCAUGCAAUUGCAAAUUCUGUAUCGUUGUCCAUUAGAAGUGUAAACUACUGAAAACUGGGCCUUGCUGAUAUGAAUAAAGUGAUUAAAAAAUGGUCUUUACACACA